GUGGCAAGGAAAGGACUGCGUGACGCAUUCUGUAAUAAGGGCAACUCAAAGGAAUACAGUCAAGAAAAAAGAAGAAAUUACAUUUAAAAGAUGGCUUGGAAGUCAGUUCGUGAAGAGACUUGGAUGAGUGGCGAGUACGAGACACCAAGCCUUUCUGCCCUUGAGCACUUGCUGUGGCUUAAUAAGCAUUCAACGGGGCACGUCCAUGAAGUUUGGCCAAAUCUAUACAUAGGAGAUGAGUACACAGCACGAGAUAAAACUGAGCUGCUCAGUCUUGGCAUCACUCACAUUGUUAAUGCUGCUCAUGGAAGGUAUCACGUUAACACUGGAGCAGGUUACUAUAGUGACAUGUAUAUAGAUUACUAUGGCGUGGAGGCAGACGAUGACCCGGAGUUUGACCUUAGUCCAUACUUCCACCCAACUGCUAAAUUUAUCAGGGCAGGACUUAAUUCACCAAAGGGUAAAGUAUUAGUUCACUGUGCAAUGGGGAUAAGUCGAUCUGCUGCUCUUGUUUUCGCUUUCCUGAUGAUAUGCAAGAAGAUGACUUUGGUUGAAGCUAUCAAGACAGUUGGCAGACAUCGGGAUGUGUGCCCCAAUUCUGGGUUUUUAAGCCAGCUUAGACAACUAGACAUCACCUUAGCAUUUGAAAGGAAAAGGAGAGAAGACCAUUACAGGCUCUGACCGUGAAUACAGCGACAUCAGCCUUGGAGGUGUAUCCACAGCUGGAUAAGAUUUUUUUUUAACUGUACCUGGAUGCAAUUUUUCCAUUAUUUAUUUAAAUUUAUUUCACAUAACUCCUGUAUUGUGUUCCUCCAUACUGAAACCAUUUUCUUUUUCUUACACAUAUUUUAUUAGGUUUAUAACUGAUUCCUUAUCCUUUUUUCUUUCAUUCAGUCUUCAUGUUAAUUUUCCAUUCACAUUCAUCUAUCAUUGCAUUACAGAAAGCAGGGGCAAAACAUAUAAUGCACUUUAACCAUUACAUUGUUUAGUGAAAUGUACUUUUUAAUAUAUAUUUUGUAGAGGAAGAGCUCAGUUGAGGAGCCUCUUUCUUUUAUUGAGCAGUGUUGCAGGAUAAUAGGAAUCAAAUAAAUUAAUUAUAUUAAUAUAAAUGAAGAUUUGGGGGAAAUUUACGGAUAAAAAUGGAGAUUAUGAACCUGUGAAUCACAAAUUUCAAACAAUUUAGAACCAUAUUUAUAUUAUGGUGGUGCAGGUUCUUUUGCUAGGGGGAACUUGUCGGUAUAACUGUCUGUGCAUUCUGAUCCUUCAAAAUGUUAUAUAGUGGAUUCAGAUAUUAUUCUGUCCCCUUCACUGUAUUCUGUGCUGCAGCCUUAUGCUAAAAUCAUUCAAAUGUAUUUGUUCUCCACAAUUAACAAUCAAUGCCCCAGAAUGACAAAGCAAAAACUGGAUUUUAGAAAUUUUACCAAGUUCAUUAAAAAUAAAAGAACUGAAAUAGCACAUUGACAGAAGUAUUCAGGUAUUUUGCCAUGACACGUGAAAUGUGGCUUAGGCCAUCCCUUUCGAUUGAACAUUUAAAAGAUUUUUCUACAUUUGCUUGGAGUACACCUAUAGUAAAUUCAAUUGACUGGACAUGAUUAGGAAAGGCAUGUGAAUGUCUAUGCGACGUACCUCAGCUGACAAUGUGCAUCAGAUUCAUGAGGUUUAAAGAAUUGCCUGCAGAGCUGUGUCGAGACACAUCCAGAGGCGGCUAGAAAACAAAUUCUGCAGCAUUGAAGUUUUCCAAGAGCAUGGUAGCCUCCAUAAUUCUUAAAUGGAAGAAGUUUAGAUCAACCAAGACUCUUCCUAGAGCUGGCCAAACUAAGCAAUCAUGGGAGAAGGAACUGGUAAGAGAUGUGGGCACACUGCUUGCACUCUGGAUUGGUUGUAUGGAGAUAGGAGAAAGUUCCAGAAGGACAACUAUCAUUGUAACACUACAUCAAUCUCGACUCCCACUUGGAGUUUGCAAAUAGGACUCCCAGAUCGGAUGAAACCAAGAUUAGAGUAAUGUCUGGAGGAAACCAGGCCUCACUCACCACAUGUGCUAUGCCAUUCCAGCCGUGAAGCAUGGUGGUUGCAGCAUUAUGCCAAUGGGAUGUUUUUCAAUGGCAGGGACUGGGAGACUAGGCAGGGUUGAGUGAAAUCUGAAUGGAGCAAUGAACAGAGAUAUCCUUAAUGAAAAUGUCCUUGAGUGUCCCAGCUGGAACCCAACUGAAUAUUGCUGGAGAGACCUGAAAAAAGGUAUCUAGAGAUGGGCUCCAUCCAGCCGGACAGAACUUUAGAAAAAAAUGCAGAGAAACUCCACAAAUUCAGGUGUGUGAAGCUUGUUGUAUCAUACAGAAGAUUAUUCCAUGCUGCAGUUACUACCGGAAGGACUUCAGCUUCAAGUAUUGAGUAAAGGGUCUGAAUACAAGUAUCAAAGAGUGGCUUUACAUGCACACCCAAAACCAGGAUAAGGCGAGUAAUCCAGUUAAGGCAUAAGCCUGGUUCUAACAAAGCCCCGUUGACAUGCACAUGUCCACUUAUGGAGUCCUCCUUUGGCAAAAUGCUCCAGUCACAUACAAAUUAAACCUCAUCUGCGGUCACCUUGAAUCUGAAAACAAGGCUGGAGCCUGUGCUUAGGGGCUUAGCAUUGUGCAUUCAGCCGAGCAACAUACUGUAUUUAGCAAUUUCCGAAAUACUGGGACGGAUUAUUUCAUCUGGGAGCAGAACUAAUGUGAUUGUCCGAGUGUUUAUACCUCAGGAAAUUCCUCUUGAUGCUUCCACCGUU